AUGUCACCGUAUUUAGUGGCAUUUGUUGUGGGAGAACUUGAGUAUGUACAGACUUCUUCGAGAAGCGGUACAACCAUAAGAGUGUAUACGGUACCUGGAAAGAGAAGUCAGGGCACAUAUUCUCUGGAUUUGGCCGCAAAGGCAAUCGAUUGGUACAACGAUUGGUUUGGAAUAGAUUAUCCCUUACCGAAAUGUGAUCUCAUUGCUAUUCCUGACUUCAGCAUGGGGGCUAUGGAGAAUUGGGGACUGGUUACGUACCGUGAAGUCGCUCUCCUAGUUGAUCCGACUAAAUCAUCAACUCGUCAGAAAGCACGCGUCGCUCUUGUCGUAGCGCACGAGCUGGCUCACUUCUGGUUUGGAAACCUUGUAACCAUGAAAUGGUGGACAGAUCUUUGGCUCAAGGAAGGAUUUGCAACAUUCAUGGAAUACCUAUUUGUCGGUUACAACUGCCCAGGAAUUCAAGAUCUGGGAGCUUUUUGUUAA